UCAAAAUCGAUACAUAACAAUUAUUUUAAACGUCAUUUUAAUAUGGCAUAAGUGAUAUUUUUUUCUUUAUUAUAUCGUCGUUUUAUACUUCAUUUGGAUUACAUAAAAUAAAUUGAUAUGGGAAAUGCAAAGUCCAAGAAAGUCCAAAAGGAACCCGAUAAGUUUUUUGAGCGAGAGCGAUGGAAACAGCAAAAAAUUGAAGAGAAAAAGAAAAAGAAUAUUAAUUUACAAAACAAAAGGGCUGCCGUUAAAGAUCGUCCAAUAAGUUCUUCGGUUACAUUGUCACCUCCAGUGCCUGGGCCUGGCCCGGCACCUUCUCCAUCACACGUUCGUUCCUACGAUGAAGAGGCCCUGGAUCGUAUGCGGUAUCAACUUAAUAAUGACUGCGAUGCCUUCUUGUUAAAUAACAUUCUUUUGUCGGUGCAGUUUUUUGAAAAUUAUGAGCGGGAGGUUCAUGAUAUAAAGAACAACCCCAUUAGCGAGCAUCAACAUACAAUGGACGAGGCAAUGGUACGGCGACAUAAGCAUGUAUUUUUCGCAGACAGAAUACAAGAAUGCGUGCAAGAGCAUGUAUUUUACCAGAGACGGAGGGAUCAAACGGAGCCCCUCAUCGCUCCGAGACUUUUUAUAAUUUAUGAUAACGUAGAAGCAAGCGAGCCCGGUGAUACUUCUGAUUACUGCGCAGUCCUCGAUGCGCCAUUUUAUAAACUUCGCAUAGAGGAUAGUAAGGAACCAGGAUAUGUAAAACUAAAAAAAUUAGAAGUUUUAGAAAGCACUCUCUCCAAAGAAACUGAGUCAAAUAUUGUACCUCAGAUGAAUUCUGAUGACAGUAUAUAUACGGAUUCGGAGAAAGAAUCAAAUGCAUCAGAUGAUCCACCAUAUUCAGAAAAAAGUGUAGAUGUUUUGCGAAAAAUAAAAAAAAGAUUGUCUGAUUUGAAGCACGAAGAAAAUAAUAAAAAAAUAACCAUCGAAUUGAAUGGUAGAAAUAUAAAAUCCAGUUUUGGUGAUGUUUAUACAACAGAUAUGACACCAAAUUUGAAUAACCAAGAGGUUUCGUUUAAUAUUGAAGAAAAAGGAUAUAUUGAUGACCGUGACGUUAAGCCAAGAAAAUCUAUUUUAAAAAAUACCAGGCGUUUUAGUGGACCUACGAAAGAAAUAUUAAACAAAACACUACUUGGUGAUACGCGGCACAUUUCUUUAGAAAACAUAACAUCUGAAGAUACAGAAACUUCAGGUUAUCGAUCAAAUACAAGCAGUCGUCAAACAGAAUCGAGUGAAACAGAAUCAGAUUAUGGCUAUGCAACAAUAACUGAAUCAACAACACCUAAGAAAGUUGAGCUUACCUUACAAACUAAUUACACAUCAACAUCAGGAGUUUUACCAGAUGAAAGUUGGAUAACUGUCAAUGUUAAAGCUGUUGAUUGGAGCGAUGAUGAGGACGAUGAUACAGAAUCAAAAGUAUCAUUAAGUCGAAGUUUAUAUGAAACUAACCAUUACCUAAGUUCAAUUAUUUUCAUGAACGACUUUGUUGACAACUUCAUACUUAAUUUAGGAUCUGGUUUAGGUUUUUCACAAGAUACGAUUAAAAAUGCUCUAACGCAAGGAGCGAGUAUAUAUUGUAACGCGGUGAAUAAUGGUUCGAGUAUUAGUUAUGAGGUUUUUCCUGCAUUGAUAGCUGCUUGGCCUAAUGCUGCUAAUCAAUGGAUUAUACGGGAGCGAAGAAUAAUACAAAAUCCAAGGACUAACUUCAGCUACCAAUGGCCGACAAGAUAUAUGGUAAGCAAAGCCAUUGGUUUUGGCUGCUUGCUGGUGCCGUUAGGAUUUAGACCAAAACGUGGAAUUAAUCCCGACCAAAGAAUACAGUGGCGUAUUAUAUUUCCCGCAGCGGAACGUUAUUUAGAAAGCUGUUUAGCUCAUUCUCAUAUGCGAUGUUACUUGUUUGCCUUGACUCUUCACAAAACUUUUAUGGAGAAUGAAACAUCUAAAAUAGGCAUCGAUGCAAGUCAUAUCAAGAACCAUCUAUUUUGGCAGUGUGAAGAAAAUUACGCAAGGUGGCCGGAAGAUCGACUCGGAGAGUCGUUACGUUUAUUUUUGCGAAGUUUUUAUGUACACUUUGGUCAAUCACGUUUUCCAAAUUAUUUUAUUGAAAAUUGUAACGAGUUUAAGUCCAUUCCAAAACCGAUGCUUUUAAAGCUUCAGAGAAAAUUGGCGGAUAUUCUUGAAGCGCCAGUUAUGCAUCUAUUACAUGCAAUUGAAAAAAUUAAAUAUAUGAAGAAAGAUUUUUAUCCAACAUUAAAUUGUCACAGGCUUUAUGAUAUCUUAACGUGUAAGAAUCCAUUACGUAUUUUAAAUCCACAGUUACCUAUUGUUGUGCCAAAUUACGAUGAAAGUACGGAUAGCGACGAUGAACAAAUAAAUAAUAUUUGGGAUAAAGCAAAAGCUCACGAUAAACACUAUCAAUGGAAGAAAGAAAGGCAACGCCAAAUGAAAGAACGAAGACGUGCUAAUGUAACAAAUAAAAAACAGAAGACGACUGUGAAAGUAGAAAAAGAUAUAAAUAAAAAUAUAAUACUACCUACCAAAAUGGAUGCAGAACGGCGACGUCUUGUAUUAGAAUUCUUCAUACCCCAUUUCAUUGCAAUGGCACGUUCAAGUGAAAAAUUCGACUCUUUACGUCAGGCUGUAAUAUAUCUUGAGCAAGCUCAGAGAUUAUCUUAUCUUUUGAGGGAAGAACCAGGAGAUAGUACUGCGUAUGAGUAUUUAGAUGUGAUAACUGAUAAAUUAGCUGAUUGCCGGCGUAAAUUAGUGAAUCAGGGUGGUUACAAAUUACCUCCGCGAGAAAAAAGUAAUUUGCAACACAGUGUCUCAAAUUCAAAUUUGAUGCGUAAGCACCGUCCGCGCUAUGAACACAUUAUAAACCAAGAUUCCUCUUCUGACGCUUGUAGCAUACAACCAUUUACAUUUGCAGAUGUUCAUGUUGAAAAUGUUUUAAUCCAAGAAACAAAAAAAUAUCUUGAUAUUAAUGGUAAUGAAGAAUCUAAAUUGUAAUUUGAAUUAUAUAAGAGAGGAUGUAGAUAAGCUAAUUAAUUUUAAGUUGUCACAUGUGCAUCGACACAAUUUAACAUUUAUCGUUACUAUUGCAAAAAUGUGUACUGAUUUUAAUGUACAUUGAUUUUUAAACGAGGAUACGACAAAAAAAUGAUUAAAGUGUAGACACGUACAACUUUUCAAAAUAACACAAAAUUUUGGAGAAAUGUUAUA